AUGAAAGCGAGAGACAUGGAGAGCUUUUCAGCAGACUACACCCUCUUCAGCAGGGAGACGCAUUAUUGCAACGCGGACUACCGGAGUCUACGAGUGGAGCUUGACGUGGCUGGUUUAGUACUUCUUGGAUUUGGUGUCUGGAUAAAAGUGCACGGUGAUGCUAUCCUACAAAUUCUGGGAUCACGUGCAGGACAUAUGCUGAACGUCGGCUACUUCUGUAUUAUAGGGGGGUGCUUCCUCGCACUGUUUGGCAUCUUUGGCUGCUGUGGUACCAUCAAGGAGAGCAAAGUACUUUUGAUGAUAUACUUCAUAGCUAUAUCAAUGAUUUUCAUUGGAGAAAUAAUAUGUGCAAUUGUUAUUUUGAUCUUUAAAUCAAUUUUCCACUGCUGUGGGUUAAACAAUUACACAGAUUUUGAAGGAUCAAACUAUCAAAUACAAAAGGGCCGUCUGUAUCCUGAGAGUUGCUGCCGAAACCCAUUUUCUGCAGAUUGUGAUGGGUUGUCCGCAUCAGCAAAUGUCAUUUAUACAAAGAUCUGA